AUGUCUUCCUCUCAAAAUCGCGGUCAGUCAGCCCAGGAUUCAGCUGACGUCCUGCGCACCGCAACAUUCUCAACGGGCUCGUCGAAUGCAUCGACCGGUGACAAUAAUGCCCUCACUGCCUCCGACCUCCUCGCAGGCGGCUUUGACCCCGCCCGCCUCCACCCAAUGGCCGGUCUCAAGGACCAGCUCGAAUAUUUGCAACUCGAUGAUGACAAGGUUAAUGACCUCCCCGGCGCCAGCACAGCGCUACCCUCCAGGGGUUGGAGCGAUGAUCUCUGCUACGGAACCGGAACAACGUAUUUGAGUGGUCUUGCUAUAGGCGGUUUGUGGGGGCUUCGGGAGGGUGCGAAGCGUCCCCUUGCUGUCUCAAAUGCGCGCUUGCGGAUCAAUGCCAUCCUCAACUCCGUCACGAGAAGAGGUACUUUCAUUGGCAACUCGGCAGGGGUUGUAGCGCUUGUUUAUAACGCGAUUAAUUCGACCAUAGAUGGCGUACGAGGCAAACACGAUGUAUGGGGAAGCAUGGCUGCCGGUGGAUUAUCAGGAGCGAUCUACAAGUCAACGGCCGGUGUCCGUCCAGCCUUGGUAGCAGCGACAUUAAUGACUGGGCUUGCAGGUACCUGGAGCUAUGUUAAGAAGGCCGUUUAA